AUGCCUUCCCAGACUUCUACUCUCUACUUCCUCGCCCUGGCCCUUGCUGCCACAACCUCAGCCAUCGCUAUCCCAGUCGAGGCUACUUCCACCACAACUGGCAUUACGCCCACUCCUACUACCACAGUCGUCAGCAGCUCCUCUACAGUCGCCGCUGCUACACCCCCUUCUUUGGACAACGUCCUAACUGAGGUACUGAACUGGAAGUGGGCGACAGCCGCCCUCGACCUCAUGAAGUCGAACAUCAAAGGCAAAGAAGACGGUUCCAACAUCAAAGAAGAGGAGAACAUUUCUGCUCCCUCUUCUAUUGAAACCCCAGCUCUGGUUGUCCCAACCAUCAGCAACACCUUCAGCACUUUGGCCACUCCAGUCCCCAGCAGCUCCGCCAUCGCCGCUCCCACACUCACUCUCACCCACGACACCUCAGCCAAGGCUGUCCCAACAGACGAGGCCGUGGCCUGGAACUGGGCCCUCCCCGCCCUUAAGCUCAUUGAGAGCCGCGAGCUUGGAGACUCCACGUCCUUUGCCAACCGCCGCACAGGUGACAGAGCCGACAAGGUAGACACCCCCUACGUCGUCGAGGACAAGAAUGAGCAAGAUUCCGAGCACCUCCGGCUCGAUGAGGCUGCAAAGCAGAGCAUCAGACAAGCCGAACCUCCUUCCCUGCCGCUGCAGACCGCCAGCCCCAGCAUGGAGGAACAAGUCAAGCCCACAAAAGUCAAGGCUGACUUCACCAUCCAAACCGAGACGCGUCUCUUCAAGACCAUGGCGACUCCGGCUAUCGAGGCUCGCUCUCCUACACCUAUGACAAUGGAGCCCGAGCCAACGCCCACCGCCAAAAGCAAGGCGGAAUUCACGAUUCAGACUCAGACGAGUCUGUUUAAGACUGUCACAACUCCGACGACUAAGGCUCAGAUGCCCGCUGCCACGAUCGCGAUGGAGGCCUGA